AUGAAAAACAGUACCGAUACCAACCUGCCUCCGCCUCCGGCGUACCAGGAAGCGCCCGCGGCGGCCUACGAACAGACCGAGGCCUCCCGCAACUUUAUCCCCGACGACUUCAAGUUUUCCACCGCGGUGGCCUCGUGCGAGCCCCAGAUCAGACGCUGGUUCAUGCGCAAAGUCUACACGCUGCUGUCGUGCCAGCUCGUCGCGUCGUUCUCCAUGUGCCUGCUCGUGGCGCGCUCCGAGCGUCUGCAGCGGUUCGUCGCGUCGCACCAGUGGAUCAUGAUCCUCGCAAUAGUGGGCGCGCUGGUCACGUGCGUGUGGCUUGCCAUGGCUCCUCGCCAAGAAGAGCCGGACGACGCCGCGGACCCGGCUUCCGCCGCACUCAUGGGCGUGCCCUCUGACACCCGCUCCGCACCCUGGUACUGUCUCACGUACCGGGGCCAGUUGGCGCUGCUUGCCGUGUUCACCGCGUGCGAAGCUUACUCGCUGUCGCUCGUUACGCUGGUGUACGACCCGCAGACCGUGCUGCGGGCGCUUUUGGUCACCGUUGUCGUCGUGGUCGGCAUUUCCCUCGUGGCCAUGUCCGAGCGCUUCGAGCUCGCCACGUCAUCUCUCACGAACGUGUACUACUGGCUCAAUCUAGCGCUGUGGCUGCUCAUCGGCAUUGGAAUUUCGUCCAUUUUCUUCGGCAUGGGCUCUGCAGUCGACCUGUUUUACAGCUGGGGCGGCGCCACGCUGUUCACGGUUUACCUGUUCGUCGACACCCAGCUCAUUUUCCGCAAGGUGUAUCCGGACGAAGAAGUGAGAUGCGCCAUGGUGCUCUACGUGGACAUCAUCAACCUGUUCCUGUACAUCCUGCGCAUAAUGUCGCGCAACCGCGACGACUAG